AACUUUAGGGUUUUUUUCUUAAAAAAAUAGAGUAACAAUUUCUUCAAAGAAAAAUGUUAGGAGACCAUAAAAAAUUCGGAUGGUCCUGCUGAUUAAUCUCACACACGCCCAAUUUCAUUUGAACCCUAGCAGUAGCAGCAGUGAGGUACAACGCAGUCGUACUCGCACACUCUGCUCUCUGUGCCUCUGCCUUUCUCACUGUCUUCCGGUGGCGGUCUCUCCCUGGUCACAGUCUCUCAGUGGUCGCCUGUCGCUGGGCACUACUGUCCGCCACUGGUCUGGUCGCUGUUCUCCCUUCACCUCUGUCUGAAGCUCUCCACGGCCACACCUCUGCUGUGCUUUCAGCCUCAGGCACUAGUUUCUGACAACCUUGCUCAGUUGCUUGUGAGGUGCUUCUUCGUCUUCGAUUCUUCCAGUGGACUCCUAAUCAAAGUACCAAUUGUGAAAUUUUGAUUUAUUUUUUCUUUUUCCGCAUAGUGAAGGGAGCAAUGGCAGGGAGAAGCAAAGAGAAAGAAGGUGGAAGAAGAGGGAGGGCAUGUGUGGUGGUUUUAGGUGACAUUGGACGCAGCCCAAGAAUGCAAUACCAUGCUCUUUCGCUCGCCAAUCAAGCUUUGUUGGAGGUGGACAUUGUUGCAUAUGGAGGUUCAGAGCCACAUGGUGCACUUCUUGCUAAUCCAUCUAUCCAUCUUUACAUAAUGAAGCAGUGGCCAACGGCCCGCCAAAGUUUACCAAGGAUACUUAUACUUUUAUUGAAGCCAUUGGUUCAAUUUUUCACGCUUCUUUGGUUCCUUUGUAUAAAAGUACCUUCUCCUGAUAUUUUUAUUGUCCAGAAUCCUCCUUCAGUUCCAACACUAGUGGCAGUAAAAUGGGCUAGUUGGUUGAGGAAUUCAUCUUUUGUCGUAGAUUGGCAUAAUUUUGGAUACACACUACUUGGUCUGUCCCUUGGAAGAAAUAGUCAUUUUGUUUCUUUAUAUAAAUGGUUUGAAAAGCAUUAUGGGAAAAUGGCAGAUGCUUCUCUGUGUGUAACAAGAGCAAUGCAGCAUGAAUUGGCUCAAAAUUGGGGAAUUAAUGCUACAGUAUUGUAUGAUCAGCCACCUGACUUCUUUCAUCCUGCUUCACUAGAGGAGAGGCAUAAGUUGUUUUGUAGAUUAAAUAAGGAACUCUGUCAGCCUCUUGGUUUUAGAGAUUGUGUUAGCAAUGGAACUUCUUUGAUUGGAAGCCAUGGCCAAAAUGAGACCUUGUUUACAAAUGAGGUUGGUCCAGACAUAUAUUUGAAGCGUAACCGUCCAGCACUUGUUGUAAGCAGCACGAGCUGGACUCCUGAUGAAGAUUUUGGAAUUCUUUUGGAAGCUGCUGUGAUGUAUGACAGACGUGUUGCUGCUAUAUUAGGUGAAGACGAUUCGCUAGAUGAGGAUGUCGUCUGGAAAGAAAUAUCUGAUGGAAAACAAUGUUUAUAUCCCAGAUUGUUAUUUAUCAUUACUGGUAAAGGUCCUGAAAAAGAAAAGUACGAAGCAAAAAUAAAGAGAUUAAAACUUAAACGUGUGGCAUUUCGUACCAUGUGGCUCUCUGCUGAAGAUUACCCAUUGUUGCUAGGGUCGGCUGACCUUGGAGUUUGUCUGCAUACUUCAUCAUCAGGAUUAGACCUUCCCAUGAAGGUUGUCGAUAUGUUUGGCUGCGGACUGCCUGUUUGUGCUGUUUCGUACUCUUGUAUUAAAGAAUUGGUUAGAGUUGACAAAAAUGGUAUUCUCUUCUCUUCAUCCUCAGAGCUGGCUGAUGAACUUGUGAUGCUUUUCAAGGGAUUUCCUGAUGAAUGUGAUGCUCUGAAGAUUCUCAAAAAUGGUGCACUAGAAACCAGUUCUUCGACAAGGUGGGCUACAGAAUGGGAAGAACAUGCAAAGCCACUAAUAAACAAGGUUAUAUCAAGAUUUUGAUUUUCUUUUGAUUAUCGGAAGAUGUCUAUAACAGCUCUAACAACAAAUGAGAUUGAUCUCUUGGCUGGAUCCAGCAGAAGGUCAACUGGCACCAUAUGCUGAUUGUGUCCGGCAUGAUGAUGUUUGGCAAUGUGAGCAGUCGGAGUUAUCUUCUGUAAAAUAGGUACACCUUGUAGAAUAUGAAGGUUUAAAGAGAUCCUGUUCCUAAAUGAUGGCUUUGUCUGAUAUAGGGUUCCGUUUUUGUUCGACUAUUGCCCGAAAGUGUGGUCAACAUUGCAGCAAAAGUGAGAGUAUAAUUCUAAAUCACCAGAUAUUUGAUUGUGUUUUUAUUUUUUUCUUCUCUGGUGAACUGAGGCCUAUUUUCACCAAUGGGUUAUGCACUUUUUGAUAUAUGGCCUUUUCAAGAUUUAUAUGAAGCUCUGAUUGGAUGUGGAAGAUACUUUUUAAUUCUUAAAUUCAUGGUUACUCUAUCACGGCCUAGUUUGUUUCAA